AUGGACCCGUGCCCGUUCGUACGGGUCCUGGUCGGCAACCUCGCCCUCAAGAUCCCUGUUGCGUCCAAGCCGGCGCGGUCUGGCGUCCAUCCUUCCUCAUCGCCGUGCUACUGCAGGAUACGGCUCGGGGGGCUCCCAACACAGACGGCGGUUGUGCCGCUGAUCCCCCCGGAGAACGCCGUCCCCUCCGACCAGUCGAUCACACUCGCUGCCAGCUUUCACUUGGAAGCGGGCGAUCUCGAGAAGCUCGCGGCCAAGUCACUGUUCGCCGGUGGCCGUCCCUGCGUGACGGUGGCGAUCUACACCGGCUGCCGCGGCGCCACCUGCGGCGUGAACUCCGGCAGACUUCUGGGCCGGGUGGCGGUGCCGUUAGACAUCAAAUGCGUGGAGACGCGGCCGUGCCUCUUCCACAACGGGUGGGUCUCCGUGGGCAAGGAGGGAGGGAAGAGCGUUCCCUCUGCGCAGCUGCACCUCACGGUGCGUGCCGAGCCCGACCCCAGAUUCGUCUUCGAGUUUGGCGGCGACCCGGAGAUCAGCCCGCAGGUGUUCCAGGUGCAGGGCACCAUGCGGCAGCCCGUCUUCACCUGCAGGUUCAGCUGCCGAAACUCCGACGACCGCUACCAAAGAUCUAGGUGCGCCACCAGACCCAGAAAAACCUGCAACUCGAUUUCCCUGCAAUACGAUAUGACAAUUUAUCCUCUUGUGACAGAUCACUGCAAUCGGAUCCGAACUGUUCGAGGAGCUGGCUGAGCUCGCUCGGAUCGGACAGGGAGCGGACGAUGAAGGAACGGAAAGGGUGGUCCGUCACUGUCCACGACCUCUCCGGCUCUCCCGUUGCCCUCGCCUCCAUGGUCACCCCCUUCGUCGCCUCUCCGGGCUCCGACAGAGUGAGCCGCUCCAACCCUGGUGCGUGGCUGGUUCUCCGCCCGGGCGACGGCACCUGGAAGCCCUGGGGCCGCCUCGAAGCAUGGCGAGAACGCGGCGGCAGCAGCGACGGCCUCGGCUUACAGUUCGAGCUCCUUCCCGAUCCCAGCAUCGGCAGCGUCGGCGUCCUUCUCGCAGAGUCCACAUUGAGCACCUCCAAGGGCGGAAAGUUCAACAUCGACCUAGCCGGAAACAAUGGCGCCGGCCGGUCAGUGUCGCCGGCGGGCAGCCCCCGCGGCAGCGGCGACUACGGGUACCUGUUGUCGCCGUUGAACACUUGCCGCGGUUUUGUGAUGUCUUCGACGGUGGAGGGCGAGAGGUCGAAGAGCAGUCGGCCGACUGUUGAGGUUGGCGUGCAGCAGGUGGGCUGCACGGAGGACGCCGCCGCGUUCGUCGCGCUGGCGGCGGCGAUCGAUCUGAGCAUGGACGCCUGCCGCCUUUUCUCGUGCCGACUCAAGAAGGAGCUAUGCCAGCAGCAGGACUCUUCCUCAUGA